CAUCCCUAGAAAGAGGAGAAGGCAAGGAUAGGCCCAGGAGUGAUGGCAUCCAAAUUCAAACAAGUGAUACUGGAUCUCACUGUGGAGAAAGACAAAAAAGGUGGGAAGGCCUCCAAACAAAGUGAAGAAGAAUCCCACCAUGUGGAAGAGGUUGAAAACAAGAAGCCUGGGGGAAAUGUCAGAAGGAAAAUCAGGCAACUUGUGCCUAACUUUCUAUGGGCCAUACCUAAUAGGCAUGUUGAUCGUAAUGAAGGGGGAGAGGAUGUUGGGGGAUUUGUAGUGCAAAGGACGGAAGUCAAGAGAAAGACUAAGGAGCAGCAGGUAUGGCCUUACAGGCGUUUCCGAACCCCGGAACCUGACAGUCAUUAAGACUUUUGCCUCAUAGCUUGAAAUCUAAGA